CUGAACGGGGUUUUCAUCUACUCAUAGUCUCAUACGCGGCAUACGCACUGAAAGGGAGUGUUCACAAAUUUUUCUCUGAAUUACCUUAGAAACCUUACGAGCGACUCGCUGAAGCACAAGAGAAGGAGCAUGGCUAUAAGAUUGUCUCCCUUUGUCAUGCAAACGCGCAAGCCUCCGUUGAUCUCUCUGCGCAAGAGAAAUCUGUCAUUUUCCCAUUUUCUGGCAGCUCCAAUCUCUAAAUCCUUCGUGAAUACAGCUCCCCUUCACAGAAAUUCAAGCUCUCAUUCAUGGCUAUCUCCCAAUGUUAAAAGUGGGGAGGCAGAGGGAAAAUCGAGCACCGAAGAAAUACUAUUUGAUGAGCAGACUUUGCAGCAGCAACUCGAUAAAGCAAUCGAAGACGAAGACUAUGCUCAUGCAGCAAAACUUAGAGACAAUCUCCAAGUGAUCCAUGAAGACAGCAAGGCUUCAGUCCUUUCAGCCAAUGCCAGAUUCUACCAUGCUUUUAGGAAUGGAGAUCUGGCAGCCAUGCAAUCAAUCUGGGCCAAAGAAGAUCAUGUUUAUGUUGUUCAUCCAACGGCAGGCAGGAUAUCUGGCUAUGAGCUAGUAACUGAUAGCUGGGAGAUUGUUUGUGGAGCUGAUCAUGAAUUCCCCAUUCAGAUUGAUUUGAAGGAUGUCGAGGUUCAUGUUAGAGGAAAUGUUGGGUAUGUGACCUGUAUGGAGGUGGUGAAGACCAAAGGUGGCAGUUGGGGUAAACAAGUUGCAACCAAUGUGUUUGAGAAGAUAGAUGGUCAAUGGUUUAUGUGCAUUCAUCAUGCCUCGCAUAUAGAUGAGUGAAAAAUGGAAUACUUGAAAAGGUUUGUGAA